AUGGAGACAAAUGAAAAUGAUGGUGUUUCGGUUCGAGAGAUAUGUGCAAAUGGAAGCUGCAUGAAGACAGAAGUAGUUGAGGCCAAGCUUGAUGAAGGAAAUAUUGAAGCUGCAGAAGCAGCAUUGCGAGAAGGCUUGUCACUCAAUUUUGAGGAAGCAAGAGCUCUUCUCGGAAAGAUAGAGUAUGAGAGAGGUAAUAUUGAAGGCGCUCUUGUUGUGUUCGAUGGGAUUGAUCUCCAAGCAACCAUAGAGAGAUUGCAACCUUCCCUUUCUGAGAAGCCACCCGUCAAGAAAGGCCCCACUCGCACUGAUUCACCUUCCUCAGUCUCUCAGCAUGCUGCUAGUUUGGUGCUUGAAGCCAUCUACUUCAAAGCCAAGUCUCUACAAAAACUGAGGAAAUCUACUGAAGCUGCUAAAGAAUGCAAGCAUAUUCUUGAUGCCAUUGAGAAGAUAUUUUGUCAGGGCAUACCUGAUACUCAAGUGGACAAUAAAUUGCAGGAGAUAGUCAGCCAUGCAGUAGAACUCCUUCCAGAGCUUUGGAAACAGGCUGGUUGCUAUCAUGAGGCAAUUUCUGCUUAUAGGCGCGCCCUUCUUAGUCAAUGGAACCUUGAUAAUGAUUGCUGUGCAAGAAUUCAGAAAGAAUUUGCUGCAUUUUUGCUGUAUAGUGGGGUGGAAGCAAGUCCACCCAGUUUAGCAGUUCAGAUUGAAGGGUCUUAUGUACCUAAAAAUAAUCUGGAAGAGGCAAUACUGCUUCUAAUGAUUCUUGUGAAAAAGUAUUGCCUUGAAAAGACAAAAUGGGAUCCUUCAAUUAUGGAACACCUCACGUUUGCACUUUCGGUAUGUGACCAAACUUCUAUUUUAGCCAAGCAAUUGGAAGAGUUGAUGCCUGGUGUGUAUCAUCGUAUUGACCGUUGGAAUUCUAUAGCACUAUGUCAUAGUGGAGAUGGACAAAACAAAAGUGCUUUGAAUCUGCUAAGGACAUCUUUGCACAAACAUGAACGACCAGAUGACCUUAUAUCAUUGUUAUUGGCUGCCAGGAUUUGCAGUGAGGAUCCUCAUCUUGCUGCUGAGGGGGCAGGUUAUGCACAGAAGGCAAUCAAUAAUGCUCAGGGCUUAGAUGAGCAUUUGAAAGGAGUAGGUCUUCGAAUGCUGGGACUUUGCCUGAGAAAGCAAGCUAUGGUUGCUUCCUCCGACUUUGAGAGGUCUAUUCUUCAGUCCAAAGCUCUGCAAUCAUUGGAGGAGGCUGUUACACUGGAGCAAAACAAUUUUGAUCUAGUUUUCGAGUUGGCUAUUCAAUAUGCUGAGCAAAGAAAUUUGACUUAUGCUUUACGCUAUGCCAAGCAGUUCUUUGACAAAACUGGUGGCUCUAAAUUGGAAGGUUGGACAUUGCUUGCUCUAGUUUUGUCUGCACAAAAAAGAUUUUCAGAGGCUGAAGUGGUGACUGAUGCUGCUUUAGAUGAGACAGCAAAAUGGGAGCAAGGGCCACUGUUCAGGCUUAAAGCCAUGCUGAAGAUCUCCCAAUCAAGACCCAUGGAUGCUAUUGAAAUUUACCAGUACCUUCUUGCAUUGGUUCAAGCCCAGAAGAAAUCCUUUGGGCUGCUCAGACCUAGUUCACAGGUUGAGAAUGAUAACGUAAAUGAAUUUGAUGUUUGGCAUGGUCUGGCAAAUUUAUAUGCAAGCCUUUCUCAUUGGAAGGAUGCUGAAAUCUGUUUGCAAAAGGCCAGAGAGUUGAAGGAAUACUCAGCAGAAACAAUGCACGCAGAAGGUGGUAUGUUUGAUGGUCGGGGACAAAAUCCAGAAGCCCUUGCCGCUGCUACUAAUGCUGUCCUAUUUGAAUCAAACCACGUUCCAAGCAAAAUCUUGAUGGGUUCUGUGAUGCUGAAAAUGGGUUCUAAAGCUUUGCCUGCUGCUAGAAGCUUACUUUCUGAUGCACUUAGAAUAGAACCCACUAACCGCAAGGCUUGGUAUUACUUGGGAUUAACUCACAAAGAAGAUGGCAGGUUUGGUGAUGCUGCUGACUGCUAUCAGGCAGCUUCAAUGCUUGAAGAAUCGGAUCCCAUUGAAAGUUUCAGCUCUAUACUUUGA